GGCAGCUGCCUCCGGCGGGGCCGGAAAGGUGCCGUCGGCGCGCUCCCAGCCGCCGCCUGCCCUCAGCCUGACAGACAGCAGCUCGGAGGUCUCGGACUGCAGCGCCUCGGAAGAAGCGAAGCUCCUGUCGCUGCUGGAGCUGGGCGGGUUGAGCGGCGGCGGCAGCGACACGGAGUCCCCACCCAGCAGCAGCGCCCCUGCCCAGCCGGCCAGUGCCUCCGCCGAUGGCGUCUCCCCGCUGCCCGAGGACCUGUCGACGGGGGCCUCGCUGGCCAGCAGCCGCCUCCCCCUCAGCACCUCGCUGGCUUUCUCCGACCUCACCGAGGAGCUGCUGGACGCGGGAGUCGCCCGGGAGUUGGAGGAGCUGCGCUCCGAGAACGACUAUCUCAAGGAUGAGAUUGAGGAACUACGUGCAGAGAUGCUGGAGAUGAGAGAUGUCUACAUGGAAGAAGAUGUCUAUCAGCUACAGGAGCUAAGGCAACAACUGGAUCAAGCCAGUAAGACCUGUCGCAUCUUACAGUAUCGUUUGCGAAAAGCAGAGCGACGCAGCCUUCGUGUUGCCCAGACAGGCCAGGUGGAUGGAGAAUUCAUCCAUAGCCUUGAACAAGAUGUCAAGGUAGCCAAAGAUGUCUCUGCACGUCUCCAUAAUGAACUCGAAGCAGUGGAGAAAAAACGGAUUAAACUGGAGGAGGAAAAUGAAGACUUGCGCCAACGGCUCAUUGAGAGUGAUUUGGCUAAGCAAGUGUUACAGAAUGAGAUGGACAAGCUUAGAGAGAAUUCUUUAAAGAAAAGGGGAUCACGUUCUCUAGGGAAAACAGACAAGAAACCAUCUGUCCAGGAGGACAAUGCAGAUCUCAAAUGUCAGUUGCAUUUUGCUAAGGAGGAAUCUGCUCUAAUGUGUAAAAAGCUAUCCAAGUUAGCCAAAGAGAAUGACAGUAUGAAGGAUGAGCUGACAAAAUAUCAGUCCUUGUAUGGCGAUCUGGAAAGCUCUCUCUCCAUUGAAGAGUUGGCUGACUCGCCUCACUCUAGAGAAGCCGAACUGAAGGUCCACUUGAAACUUGUUGAAGAAGAAGCCAAUAUUCUGAGCCGUAAAAUAGUGGAGCUUGAGGUUGAAAAUCGAGGACUGAGGGCAGAGAUGGAUGACAUGAAGGGGCAGGGCGAUAAAGACCUUUUGGGACAAGAUAUCCAGUUGGCUUUCUCCAUGACAAACAAUGGAGACUCUGGGGAGAGUGUGGCAGAACUCAGGCGGCACUUGCAGUUUGUGGAAGAAGAGGCAGACCUGCUGAGGCGUUCAUUGAUGGAGCUGGAGGAACAGAAUAAGCUCCUCAUGAAUGAGCUCAAUAAGUACAAGUCAGAUCAUGAUCUGGAUAUCACUUUAUCUGAGGACAGCUGUUCCGUGAUCAGCGAGACCUCUCAAGAAGAACUGGCCACGGCCAAGGUCCAAAUCAGUGAGCUUAGUGGCAAAGUUAAGAAGCUGCAGUACGAGAACCGUGUGCUACUCUCCAACUUGCAACGUUGUGACCUUGCCUCUUGCCAUACCACCCGGCCCAUGCUGGAGACAGAUGCUGAAGCUGGUGAUUCGGCCUUGUGCAUCCCAACUUCGCUUUGGAAAGAAAUUCCUAAUGGGGGAGAAAAUGAUGCAAAGGAGAAAAUACCUAGCAAUGGCUUCAGCAAAACUCACGAAAGCAGCCCCAAUCAGCUUUUCAAAUGUAAAGACUUUGAGACCCUCCUUGACAUCCGAGAUCAGGCUGCUCUUGUCAGCAAAGCUAUCGACGUCCUGAUUUCUGAUGCCAAUGGCUUUACCUCUAACCUCAAACUCUGCAUGGACAAUGACUGUACACAGUUGGUUCUGAGUGAGGCAAUGGACAAUGAGAAUACUACAGACUCUAAGCUGAUCAAUGCUAUUUUGAUGCGGCUUGGAGUCCUGCAACAGGAGCUAAACACCUUUAUGAAAAAAGUGGACCAUAUUGGUGGCUGCAUGAAAGACCAGCAGGACUCCCUACCAGGUUCCAGCUCCCAGGACUCCACCAAAGAAGCUCUACGAAAAAGUCAUGGUGCUGAAUUCCAGCAGUCUGACUUUAGGGAGGCCCCAGACUGGGAUGUCGGGGAGAGCAGGCCCUCUGAUCUGUAUCGCAGUAGCAGCAGCAACACUGCCACCAUCAAUUCAGAAGCCAACAUGGGACUUGACCGGAGCUACAAGACAUACCAACGAGAAGAGAAGGAUUCUUACAUGUCUGAGAUCAAGGAACUACAACUAGUUCUUUCUGAAGCUAAUGAGAGUUUGAGGGGCCUACAGGAACAACUUUCCCAAGAAAGGCAGCUGAGGAAAGAGGAAGCAGAGAACUUCACACAGAAAGUCUGCCAGUUUCUUCCCGUGUUUCAUCAGCUAAAGGAUGAUCACCAGAAGGCUCUCCUGAGAAGAGAAUUUGAGCUGCAGAGCCUGAAUCUUCAGAGGAGGUUGGAGCAGAAGUUCUGGAGCCAGGAGAAGAACUUUCUGGUACAAGAAUCCCAACAGUUCAAGCAGAAUUUCCUGCUUCUUUUUAUGAAGCUCAAGUGGUUUCUGAAGCAUUGGAGGCAGGGGAAAACCUUGCAAAAUGAAUGCAGUGAUUUCUUGGAGGUGAAUAGCAUGAAAGAACUAUAUUUGCUGAUUGAAGAAGAAGAACUAAGCCCACAGCAGCAAGCUGAUAAUAAGACAUACACUGGAGAUUUUUGGUCUCAGAACAUGCCCAAUGAAUAUACCAAGACCUUGUCAGAUAUGAAGGUGAUCUUGAAGGAGCUAUGCACAGAACUACAGGAAGAGAGGAGAGGCAUGAACGAACUUCAGCAACAGUUUGCCAAAGCCAAAGCCACCUGGGAGAUGGAGAGAACUGAACUCAAGUGUCUUAUCACUCAGUUAGAAACUAAGACUGGGAAAGGUCCAGCAGAACGUGCUCUUUCUGAGUGGAAAACUGCUCUGAAGAGGGAACGGGAAGAGCAUCAGCAUCUCUUAGCUGAAUCAUAUAGUGCUGUUAUGGACCUGACCAAGCAACUUCAAAUCAAUGAGAAGAACUGGGACCAGGAAAAGCUGGAACUCUUGGACCAUUUUAAGGAUGAACAACAGCAGGCUGAGCAACAGGUGAAAGAACUGCAGAAUAAAAUUAACCAGCUUCAGAAAGGUGCCAACCGAUGGGCCUUAAAAGCCUCUGAAAUGGAGAAGCAUGGUGGUAGCUGGAAAGAGACCCUCAAUGAGAAAAUCACUGACAAAGAGACAGCUUCUGAAAUUGAUAUCAAAGGAAGUAAUUUAAAAAGGACAAAGUCAGUUUCCUCCAUGUCUGAAUUUGAAAGUUUGCUUGACUGCUCUCCUUAUCUUCCUGGCAAAAGCAGCACUGUGAUCAUAGACAAUACCCAUAACAGAAAGGGACCUGCAACUACACAGAAGUUGCCAGACCCUGCUGGGAUCAUUCCUGAGAACUUUGCUUGUGUGAACAGUAAGCAAUCUACACCCGAGAGCCUGGCCUCAGAGAAGCUGGAUGCUUCCCCUUGUGAAUGCAUUCAGACAAAUAACUUACCCACAUUGGAACAGACUCAGAAACAAAUGCAGAGGAGCUAUACGGCUCCAGACAAGACUGGGAUCCGCAUAUACUAUAGCCCACCUGUUGUCCGCAGGUUGGAAGCUCCUCUAGUGCACAACAGAGAGGAGAAGAUCAUGGUUGAGCCUGGUUUCUUAUUCACAAUGGCUAAGCCCAAGGAGGAGUCAGACAGCUCAGAAAACAUGUAUAGUCGGUGGUUGUGUAACUUCUCCAAGCAGCAUCGGGAAUUACUUGAUGGUAGCCCUGUUAGUGAGAAAGCCGUAACUCCGGUGUCCAAAUUCCCACCAUCUCUGCAUGGCCUUGAAAUUUCUGGCAACAUGAGUGAUGACAUGAAAGAAAUCACCAAUUGUGUUCGUCAGGCUAUUCGUUCCAGUUCCCUAGAAAGAAAGGUGAAGAGCACCUCUAGCCAGACAGUGGGAUUGGCCAAUGUUGGUACCCAGACUAUACAGACGGUCAGCAUUGGUUUGCAGACAGACAUACCCAGAGGAAGCAUCCAUAGUACUAAGAGCUGGUCUCCACGAAGCUCCUCCCUUGUGUCUGUGCGCACCAAGCAGAUUUCAACAUCUCUGGACAAAGUCCAUUCCAGGAUUGAACGGCCCUGUUGCUCUCCCAAAUAUGGUUCUCCCAAACUACAAAGAAGAUCAUCAUCUAAGCUGGAUAAUUCCAAGGAUCGAAGCUUAUGGAACCUCCAUCAGAGUAAGCAAAAUGGCUCAGCCUGGGCCCGGUCCACCACUACUAGAGACAGCCCAGUUCUAAACAACAUUAACGAUGGCUUGUCUAGCUUAUUCAAUGUUGUGGAGCAUUCUGGGAGCACCGAGUCGAUAUGGAAGCCAGGAUGCCAGGAAAGUAAAGCCAAGCCAGAAGCACCUAAAUAUGGUAUAGUGCAAGAGUUUUUCCGGAAUGUGUGUGGUAGAACUCAAAGUCCCACUUUGGUUCCUGACAAGAAAGACCCAGUUGGAGGGGACAACACUAACAAGAAGCCAGAACCUUCCUCAGCAAUGCUGCAGCUUUUGGAAAACACCUCCAAAAAACCUACAAAGCAGAGCUGCAAUGAGGAACCAAAGCUGUCCAGUCUAAGCCAAGGUGGCAAGGACAGAACCUUAAAGGAGAUUGAUGCUGUUUCUGCUACUAUUGCCAACGAGGAUAUUGCUUGUGAUUGCAGCUCUCAGUCGUUGACUUCCUGUUUUUCUCGGUCAUCGCGUUCAUCUGGCCGACAUUCCCCUUCUAAGUGCAAAUUGCAUCCCUCCGAUGGCAGCCGGGUGGAGGAGAAAAUAGGGCCCUCAAGUGAGUGAGAGGACUGCAACUGAUGAUGGAAGAACAACUCUGCCAUGAAGCUACCAAUCUCUUCGGCAGUUCUAGGACUGGCUGUUCCUGAGCCAGCCACAGCUAAGGAAUAAUGCUCUUUCAUGGUGGGAGCAAUAUCUUCUAUCUUCUUGUAGCUCAUUGAGAAGAUCUGCAAUACCGAACCUACAUGGCAUAGCCAGGGACAGAAUGAAAGCCUCUCUAGGUUGUGGGCUCUUGUCCCUGGAAACCUUUCUAUUCCUACCUGCCCCUUUGAGCAGUGAGAGCUGAAUGCUGUGCUGUGGUUCAUGACGUUGGAUGUUUGCGUGCCUGCGAGUGAGUUCUAUUUCCCUAUUCAAGGAGAUGCCUUUUUUUCCAUUUAGGAACAGCAUUAAGGGAAAAGGCAUUGGGGGAAUAUUAUGAGCUGGUGUAUUGUGCUGACUGCCUGCUUCGUCUGUAGGAAAGAAGGCACCAGAGAUUAAGAGAUGCUGCUUUCAAGGAUCAGAUGCUUAUACAGAGAGAGAGAGAAGGAGAGCAGACUGAGGAGAGGCUUUGCUUAGGAAUUCUGCUCUAAUAUAAGCUUGAAUAAGCAAGCUGAACGCAGAUCAAUUCUGUUUUGUCAUUAUAUCAGGAUGGAUAGCUAAACCUCAGGCAUGAUCAGCCUACAACACUAUUCAGCCUCGCAUCCAGCCUGCUAGAUACUGGCCAAUUUUAAUCUAGUGUAGUGAACACCAACAAUCACACCAGGUCUCAGUAAAAAAAAAAGGUGUGUGUGUGUGUUGGGGGGGGGGGAAGGAUCAGUACAUUUUAUUGUCCACUUUUAGCAAUCUGCAGUAAGCACCAGGGAAAACAUGGCACACCUUGUUUUCCUGACCCUAUGCAUCAGACUUCCCGUGACAACUGAAAACGGAGCUGGAUUUUAGGUAGUAGGUAUCUUCUUUCUAGUUUAGAACAAGUAUUGGCCACCGUUUCUGUGCUUGAAUGGCCAGAGUAUGGGUAAAUCUAGGAAAUUUAAAACCACGAAAUGCUGAAAUCUUCAUGUCUCCACUCUGCCUUAUUUCCCUACUGCAGGUGAUGGUGCUAUAGUUCUUAAAAGAAAUUAUUUCAAUCUUUUUCUUAUAAAAAUGCCAGUAUCUUUGUGAUCCACAGACUUCUGUGUUUUAAGGUGUGGGUAUGAGAGCUGAAUAAGCACAGGCCUGAUAAAACAUUCCAGAUUCUUGGGAAGACUGUGUGCAGCUAUUCACCUUAGCACAGAACAUCUCACAGUUGUCUUACCUAACACUCCGUUCACUAAACAACCUACUGCCUAGUAGAUUCUUACAUUCCUUUUCUGCAGAGGGUUAAGACAGAAGGGGAAAUAGUACUCCAAUUGAAUUUGUAGUACAGUCCUGUUAAUGCAGGCUCUUGUAAGUCUUUUUUAGGAUCCCUAAAACAAAAGGAAAUCACUUCGUGACCUCAGUACAGGUAGUUCUUGGUUAACAACUGUAAUUGGGAUUGAAAUCUCUUGCUAAGCAGUGUGCUGUAAAUAUCACAUGACAGUGCUGCUUAGCAACAGCAGUUCUGGCAGCCCCUAGUUACCAUUGUUAAGCAAGGAUCUCAUGUGAUCACAGCUUCCAGUCGGCUUCCCCAUUGACUUUGCUUGUGGGAAGCAGGAAAGGCAGGCUGCAAAUCAUGAACAUGUGAAUGGAUGAAACUUGCAACGUCAGAAAUCUGGGCAGGAUAAAGGCUGCACAGCAUACCAUAUGGAUUCUCUCUAGCCCCUUUAUUAAUAGUUCUGCUCCAAAUAGUUUGACUAGAGGAGGUCGGGGCAUUAGACUGGAGGGGUUGGCAACACGAGCUGUUGUGGCUGAAGAUGGGAAGCCACACAAUUCCUUUAAACAAAUACAUUUUAAAUAAGCAACUUAAGCUGCUCCCUCUCUCAUCAGGGCACAUUGGGGGAAUUUCAUCAACUGGUGCAACCAGCUCAUUUUCAAGCCCUACUGCUGGCUACUCACCCAACCAAAAUUGUUCUUACUAUGUUCCACUUUCAGAGAUUAGCCUAAAGUAGGGUAUACAGAAUCCUGAUUACUUUUGCGUAAUUUCUCUCUAGUGUUCCAAAUAGCCUGCAUAUAGGUCAAUGGCAAAUUUAGAAUAAAACUCUCUCUUGACUUGACAGCUAUUGCAAAUGGAACUUCUGAUUCGAAACAGUUUUUAAAAUGUGCUGUACUUCCCAAUUGCUUUCACAUGAAAAAGGACACAUUUGCUCAUUUUUUUUUUUUACAAAACUGCUCUCCGAUAAAGAUGUAGUCAAACUAUGAUUGGUUAGCCUAAAGAGAAGAUGGAAAAACAUUUUUUUUCUGGCUUUUCACAUUACUAAUUGAGAUUCAGCUUUGGGAAAUCUAAAACUAAGUUGCCUUUCAAAAUCCUUGCAGACACUUUCUAAUGCUCUUCUUCUAGAAGUUGUGCAAAUUUUGAAUGAUUUUCAAUACAUUGCUUCAUUUAUAUCUUGCACUUCAUGUUUUUUAUUUUUCACUACUGCAAAAAAAUGACUUUUGUCAUUUGCAUGACAAAAUUCAGGAGUUUUUAGUCCAGUUCACUGUCAAAAUAAUUAGAACUGUAGGAAUAAAAUGUCUCCACUAUCUUGUUAUUAAUGGGUUGCUUUGAGUGGGGGCAUGCCUGGUGAAUGUUUGCAGUCAUAAAAACCCACUCUAAAUUCUUUUGCAAUUUAACCUGGAUUUUGCAAGGUAUAAAUGAUGCUGAACAUAUUUAUUUAUUUUACCUAAUUUAUUCUCAAGUAGAACCCCAAGGGGAGGGUUGUGUAUUAGAAAGUAGGGCCUCUUUCUUAGCCCUUGGAGAACUCCGCCGAGCCAAUCUUCUGUCACCUCAGAGUUUCCAGGAUCACCCAUUCCAUUAUCCACAUCUUCUAAGCAUGUCUUCACUUCCAUAAAGGCUAGAAGUCUAUUGCACUGAACAUCCGUUUCAGCUGUAACCUUAAUAGGAAUACCAGACCACAGUCCAAAUAGGAGAAUGAAGGAGAUUAGUUCAUCAGCUGUUUGCCCCAUUUUGCAUUUCUCGCUGAGAAGCAGUCCCCUAAUAGUUAAAGUGGAAUGGUUGUGUAUCUUUCUACUUACAAAGUCAUUUAGGAGACUUGGAAUUCUUUGAGUUAGUUCUCAGAUAAUAUCAGUUGCUUUGGUUCUCCUGAAUGUUCUAAUCCAUUCUGUAAUUCUUUGCCCCUACCAAAUAUUAACCCAAAGAGAAGAAGACUCAAUUCACAAAGUAAUUUAGGAAGGGAUUGUUCUUCUGAGACUCCAUUAGGGAUAUCUAAAAAGGUUUUUGCUUAGUUUUUGCCCACUGAAUGAUGGCUACCUAUUCUUUUGCAGCUUACCUUCCUAUUUGGAUUCAAAGGUCCAGGUUGCUAUUCCUAAUUAAGAAAGUGCUGUAGAAAGCGUAACCUGCAGCUUCAGCUGUGAAUAUUUUCUCAGAAAUAAGUGGCUGUCGUGGAAUUUGCUUGUGGGCAAAUUUACUAUACUAUAGCUGAAGAUGAAAGAUGGAAACAAAAUAAGUUAGGAAAUUUGACAAUUUCGCACCAGGUAGCAUGACUCUUGAAUUCAAGCAGAAAAGUGAAAUUAACUUGGCUAAUCUGUUUGUAGCUGAUACCUUUAUUAUUUACAGGAGUCUGCCUGUGGCUUAGUCAGACUAGGAACAGAAGUAGUAGAAAAAGCUACAAACAAUCAAGUUUGUUUCAUCCCCACCCCACAUGCACCAGCCAUUAUCUGUCUUUAAGCAGAUAUUAAUCCUGACAUUUAUUUGGUAUUUAAAAGUAACUCUUCAAUCAUGCUUUCUAAUUGAACAGGUCAUGUUUUGAACAGUACUACAGCUGAGGAAUCCCUUAUAACACUGAAAGAGUUUCUUUAAAUAAUGGUAUACUCUAAAUUUACAUUAGGGUUGAUGAGCCAGGUAGAAGAUAACUAAAACAAAUAUACCUAUUUAAUUAUGGAUUUUCAGGUGUAGAACAGCUAGCCUCAAUCUUGCACAUCAGUGCAUAAACUCACAUUUUUCUCAGGGAAGGCAACCAACUGUUAAUAUCAAAGUGGGAGAUUCUUUCAAAAGACUAGAAAGGGUAUUGAGGGGAAUCCAAAUAAAAGUAACGCUGCCAAAUGCCUUUAAGUAUCUCCGGAUAAAAGUCAAUGUUAUUUGCAAAGGAUGCUGCAUGUCAUUGCCAGUUAAACAACAGUGAGGCUCAUGGGCAUCAUUUGGGGGAAGGGAGGGGGUCAAAGACGGGGCAAGGGAUUAAACUGCAAACAUUGCAAGCUAACACAUUUUCAUCAGACGUUGGCUUGCAAGCAUCAUCCCAGUGGAAUUUGCAUCAAUUGUGGCUUGCUAAAACUGUUGCUAGUAAGCAUGUAACACUCCCUAUGGAAAGGGAAACCACCAGCAUGAUGUUGCUUACACUCUUAUAGAAUCGGUUCCCAAUUUACCUUAAUUGCAUUCAAAUGCAAAAUAAUGUGAUGUUUUCUGUAUUUAACUUAAAACAUUAAUAGCUUGAGAUAUUCUUGGAUGAAUUUUUAUUGAGUACUAGACAGCCAAACCUGAAUAAUAGGCAGCUAAUGAAGAGUAGUGGGCCAAAAUGGAGGGAAAGGCAUCAGAGAAGAACUUCAAGUACACGAUCCUAUAUUCUCUGAUCACAUGAGACUCGGUAUAUUCAAGUCUUGAGAGCUACAGGCUUACAGCUCAACUUCAUUAGCUUCAAUACCAGUGAACAGUGAUCUGUACCUAGGUAGCUGAGGAAAAUUAUUUGGCAGGUUAGCAAGUUCCAUGCAAAUCUCAUGCCUACGGCCUUGUUCUUUACCUAUGCCCGGUUGAAGGUGUGUUCCAAUUGCUACUAGGAAUCUAAUGGCUUUUGACACCUAGGCUGUGCCAUCUUCACCAAGCGCCUACUGUUCCAGGAAAACAAAGAUACUGUCCACCUAGCUCUUAAUGUUGUUAUCCACAUACAGUAUUGGAUAGAGGCUGGGCCUGUUUUCACAUGAAGUACAGCACACAAAGCAGACACUAGCAACUAACCAAUAACAACCCAGCCUGGGUAGGUUUUCUAGGGCAGCCUCUUUCUCUUCGCUGCAUGAGUUUGUAAAUCGGGGUGGGCAAGGGAUGAAAUUUACAAUGAUUGCUAACUUGUGGUGUAAAUACUUCUUUUUGGGGGGUGGUUUUUAGUAUUUUCAUUGGGAACCCCUUCCUUUUUUACUUCUACUUUGGGGGUUGUUUUCUCUGUUUUUGUUUUCAUUUUUAUCGAUGCCUUUUAAUUAUUUGUAAAUUUUAAAAGUUUUGUCUUAUUUUGUAAAUAAUUGUUCUGAAUAUUUCCAAGUAUGGAGUUAAUGGAAACUGGGACAUUUUUGUCAUUUACAAGUAACAACCCUGUGCCUCAGACAAGAUUUGUUUAGCAUCCCUUUUGCCAAUAAAGUCUGAAU